AUGAGAGGCUUGGGGUCAGUGGUGCGGGCGUUGCGGCGUUCUAAGACGCUGGCACGGCACCGUGAGGCUGCACUAGCUGCCCUGCAGAUGCAGCCGCGUCGUUUUUACAGCUUCCGGCCAAUGGAUGCGUUGUAUGAGGGACAGGACUACGCGCGUCAAGUGGAAAAGAAGUUUAGUGAGCUGUCGGGCAAAAUCCCGUGGGAGCCUGAUAUUAAGUAUCUGGAGGGAAUCAAAAGCCACUGGCAAGGACCAGAACCUACACUGAACGAACUGGUGCGCGAGGAUGUCCCAACAGCUCGUAGUUUGUUCCGCAACGUGCUGCAGCGUCGCUAUCCAAAGGAUAUGGGGAUGUGGAACAAGUGGGGCGUCAUGGAAUGGAAGGCUGGUAAUUACGGACUGGCGCGUAUGAUCUUCUCUAAGGCAUCUCGGAUCUCAUUCGAUGCUGAAGUAUGGACAUCAUGGGGCUCAAUGGAGUUGGAGACGAAGAAUUUGCAGGAAGCCAAGCGCAUUUUCAAGGUCAUUUUAGCAACAGAUCCUCAGAACCCGAUGGCAGGACUGGGUAUGGCGCUGUGGGAGGUUCAAGCUGGCCAUCCAGACGAAGCUCGCGAAAGGUUCCAAGAGCUUCUAGAAGAACAUCCAAAAGACAUACUGAUCAUGCAAGCUUACGGAGUCUUCGAAGCCAAGUGCCAGCAUGUUGGAUUGGCGCGUAGUAUCUUCCAGAAUGCUGUCUCACACCCUCGAGCGACAGGUCAAGUCUGGCACGCUUGGGCCAAAGCAGAAUAUGAUGCCGGAUUGUACAAGAAUGCGCUGGCAGUCAUCUCUACUGCUUUUGAGCGUUUCCCGACUCACAAGUGGCUUGUUCUCCUGGGUGCUAUGGCUCACUUUAAGCUUGGCGACGUGUACGAAGCCCGACGGGCGUACCGUCGACUCAUUGAUGGUGGACUGUACGUGGAGCCAUCAGCUUUCAACUCGUAUGCCAAAAUGGAGGAAGAAUUGGGCAACGAAGAUGCAGCUGUGGGGUUGUACGUAGAGGCGUUGGAACAACAUCCUGAUCACGUUCCCAGUAUGAUGUCACUUGCCAUCUUGUAUAAAAGACGCGGUCGUAUGCGUAAUGCACGGAAGAUCUUUGAGAAGGCACUUGAAAACCUGCAACAUACUGGCCCCAUACUACACGCUUUUGGAGAUUUCGAGGAGCAACAUGGAGAACUGGACAAUGCACGAGAACUUUACGACGAGGCCACGAACGUACAGCCCACAACGGUUGAAUCUUGGCGUGCUCUGGCACGUGUUGAAGCCAGACUGAAGAACUACGAGGCGGCGCGGUCGGCAUUAACGAUGGCGAGCCAACAUGUACCUAACGACGCACCGCUACUCGUUGAACUUGCAAAAAUUGAGCAGCGGAAUCGUCGGUUCCCAGCAGCUCGUACGGCAUUGGAGAAGGCGCUGAAGAUUGACUCGUCGGAUGCUGCUGUGUGGAAUAUGCGUGCCCUGUUGGAGUUGCCAUUGGACGCGGAACGUGCCAAAACUAUCGUUGAGCAUGCGCUGUCGGUGAUUCCGGAGUAUGAGAAAACGAGUUGGAGCAUUCUCAUGUGCACGUAUGGUCGCACAUUUGCAGCUUUGGGAGACUUCCAACAGGCUGUUGCAGCAUUUCAACGUUCAUUUAAGCUAAGACCGAAGAACUGGGAGACACAUUUGAUCUAUGCUGACAGUGUUCUGACGCCGAAUGAGGCGUGGAGCGAAGCUGUGAAGCAUCUCACAGCUGCGCGCAAGUUACUCCCGCGAGCUGAUAGACGUCGCGGUAAUGUGGAACGCAAACUUCGCGCUGCUGAGGCUAUGGCGAAAGCAGAGCAGUACAAACACGUCGAACAAGACGAACAUCAUGAGGAAGACGGCUCAUGA